AUGGCCAAGGAAACAAAAACAAGGAUACUACCUGUCCAGCCCGACAAGAGCCAAGACAACCUGAAUGAUGGGGAUGACAACAAACAUGCUUCAUUCCAUCCGCGCCUUAUCACCCUUGAGACCUUCCGCAACCUGUUAUCCCACUACCCUUCGACGGUAGAGCGAGUGCACCGCGGCAAGCUUAUGCUAAAACUGCAGUCGAAGGUAGGGAGGGGAUCAAAGCGCAAGGCGGAGACGAAGGCAGAGGUCGAUCCGUCACAAGAGAAGCACAUUCUCGAAGAGACGGAUAAGUUCCUCCAGCUCGACCGCUGGCGGUAUGAAACUCUGCCAAAGAUCAUCGCGGAGCGGGCGAAUGAGGGUGGCCAGAAAGAAAAUGUGCCGGAGGGAGCGCAUUUACUCAAGGAGGAGUUAAUUGAUAUCAUGGAAUGGAAGACGAAACAUGGAGUCUCCCGUCCAAUGCUCAUGGGAAUGGUGAAAAGCAACCAAGUCGCCACGAUCACCAAGUCUACAUUUACAGCUUUCGCCACCCUCCCAGAUGCAGACCCUAUGGUUGCGCCGAACGAUGCAUUCCCCAAAGCUAGUUUGGAUGCUCUUACUGCGCCUAUCCGUGGCGUUGGCCCGGCUACUGCAUCUUUGAUUCUAUCUAUCGCCACGGUCUUUAGCGAUGCUAAGAAACAGGUUCCUUUUUACAGUGACGAUGUGUACCUUUGGCUAUGUUUGACGGAUUUUCCAGAGGGCCAGGAUGCUAAGGUGCAGAAGCCUUCUAAACAUAAGAAGCCCAAUGGGGAGUUGAUUGUCAAGUACAAUAUGAAUGAGUAUCGAGAUUUGUGGAAUGCUUCACAGGGGCUGCGGGCACGGCUGAACGAUGGCGUGGGAGAAAGGUCUGAGGAUGGACCUGUCUCUUUUAUCGAUAUUGAGAGGGUUGCUUAUGUGCUGCGCAACAUCGCUGUCUCGGCUUACUAUGCCACUCAAGAUCCCGAAGCUGGUUUAAAGACUGUGAAAGUUUUGGACCCGGCGAAUAGUCCGAUAUUAAAGAAACCAAAGGAUGAUUCUGGUGAUCUUGGCACGAGGCGGAGUAAGAGGAUAAAACAAGAAGUUGUGUGA